UUACGAAGUGAAGAAAUCAAUCAUGUACUCCAAGAAGUGUUUCUUCGGUGCACUCAUAUGCUUUCUUGUACUUCGUUCCGAGAUAAUCAAUGCAUCCUCAUCUGAAGAGGACGAGGAGACGAGCACGAAUCUCUAUGCGACCGUCGGAUCUCACAUCGCCUUCAACUGCGAAAUCGAAUUUCCAAAUGAUUUAGAGAUUCCGUACGAACUGAGGUGGAGUAAAGAUGGCGAAGAAAUAUUCUCCUGGUACGAUGGUGACUUGGUAGCAGCACCUGUAUAUAGAGGCCGCAUUACUCUUCUCGAUGACCAUCAGGUCCAUGGUUUUGGUCGCGGGUCCAUCAAUCUCACGGCAAUUCGAGAAUCUGAUUCUGGAUGGUAUGAGUGCCGAAUCAUUUUUCCGAACCGAAGCCCAAGCUCAAGAAAUAAUGGAACGUGGUUCCACUUGGAAGUUGAUGGUGGUGCAUUACUGGCCAUACCUCCAGUAAAUCAGACAACACUAGAAGGCGAGCGAGCACAUUUCGCCUGCACAAGCAAAGAUCCCGACAGCGUUGUCGAAUGGUACAAAGAUGGUGUUCCUCUCAGUGAACUCGUAGACUUGAGGCAUCGUGUUCGAUACGGGCCCCAGGGUGGACUUACAGUUGGACCAGUUAUGAUGGGCGAUUUGGGAGAAUAUGUAUGUGCUGUUACAAAUGCCCAUGGAGACAGACAGACUGCAAGAGCAUAUUUAAAUGUUCAAUAUAAGGCCAAGGUUGUAUAUGCACCAAGGGAAGCCUACUUGCCUCUAGGAAAACCAGCUGUUUUAGAUUGUCACUUCAGGUCGAACCCGCCUUUGACUAAUCUGCGAUGGGAGAAGGAUGGAUUCUUAUUUGAUCCUUACAAUGUUCCAGGAGUUUUCUAUAGAAGAAACGGAAGUUUGUUUUUCAGCAAAGUAGAAGAGCAACACGCUGGACAUUACACCUGCACGCCAUAUAAUGAAUUAGGUACUGAAGGACCAUCUCCAAUGAUCCACGUGAUCGUGCAGACACCUCCUAGCUUCACGGUGACUCCUGUCGGCUUCUACUUGAAGAAGAUCGGAGACACUUUGGAAUUACCCUGUGAUGCCAGAGACGGAGAUGGAACUCAUAGACCGACCAUCGUUUGGAUCAAGAAAGAUGGAUCCGAGUUGCCAAGAGGUAGAUAUUCUCUUGAUGGAGGUAACUUGACCAUCGAAAAUAUCCAAAAGGAGGACCGAGGCAUGUAUCAAUGCAGUGCCAGUAACGACGCAGCCACCGUGACUGCGGAUACGGAACUCAUGAUAGAGACACUGCCUCCACGGGCGCCGUACAAUGUCACCGCAAACAGCACGUCGAACUCCAUAUUCGUCACUUGGGCCGAAGGUUAUAGAAGGCCCAGAUUGGUAUACAAAGUAUGGUACCGAGCGGUCGACGUGAGCGAGUGGCGAACAAUGAGGGUUUCCAAUAGUUUGGACACCGAAGCCAACAUAACGAACCUGAUGCCUUCCCAGGAGUACGAGAUCAUGAUCAUGAGCGAGGACGCCAACGGCGACGGAAUGUUCAGCAAAGCGAUCAAAGUUUAUACGAAACCAUCUCAAUUAUAUACGGGACCAUCAGAGUUUCGGGCACCUUUGGACGCCUUUCUCCAAAUCAGUGCACCGACAUUUGUACAAGUGGUGCCUGUUAAAGAUGGUCAUUUAGUGACAUGGAGAGCACCAGAACAUGGAGCUGAAUCUUUGAGAAGAUAUAUUGUCCGCUGGACCCGCAGCGAAUACGAAUUUAAAUGCGGCUCUGCCGAGACUCAAGAUACACAAUAUCUAGUGACCGAUCUCGAAGAAGAUGAAUUAUACACUUUCCAAGUAUUAGCAAUGUCCACGACAGACUACCAAGCAGCCAGUCAUAAAGUGGAAGUUCGUGUACCUCCUUACACCAGAAUAAGAGCAGUUACAAUAGGCGUUGCUGCUGCCCUUCUGGUAUGUGCAGUGUCCAUAGCCGUUCUAAUAUACGCCCGAAGGAAAUGCAUCAGGCCAGAUGAUCCUUCUGAAGAGGAGAAGCAACCAGAAACCAAAGCUUAAUAUAAAUAAUAAAGUUAAGUUAUAAUUUUAAUUAUUUUUGGGUUAGAGCAAGCAUGCAAUUAUGGAUUUACUGGUCUGCCAUGUCUUGGAUCAAACUCUUAUAUGGAAUACUCUUAUUUUAUUUUUGUUUGUUUUUAUUUUUACUUGAUUUUUAUUGAUUUUAUUGUGAUGUUUUGUGUAACUGGUAAAAUAAAUAAGGAUGCUCAAAUCGUACUAUGUAUUAUAUCCAGAGGCCGGAAUAUAAUUAUUGUAGAAAAAUUUUAGUUGUUAUGAACAAUUUUGACAUGGGUCUCGGAUGGCAUCAUAAAGUUUUGAUUACGGCUUGCUUAUGAAUGGAUAUUGAUUUUCAACUUGGAUGAACUUUAUCUAAUACAUUUCUAUGUUGUUUUUGCUAAAAAUAACUCUUUUAGAGUUAACUGCUUAAACGAUUUAUGGAGGAUUUAAGCAAAAGCCCUUGAUAUAUUGUUACAUUCGCCCUUAAUUUAGCGAGAUUGCAUGGACCUGACCGCACAUUGAUUUAUCGACGGUUUUACUUCAUUUUUUAUGUAGCUUUGUGUAAUUUAAGUAUAAUAUAAGUAGUAUCUCACAGUUGAGAAUAGAUUAAAUAUUAUUUUUGAUAUACCAUUAUAUGAUGUCCAGCAGUCCCCUUAAAAAACAAAAUACUCGUACAUGAUAUCAAAAUACGAAAAGAUCUGAUACAA